UUGUUCGUUGUUCUCUAAACCCUAGUUUCACGGCCAUCCAAGAAAUUGCUGAUCAUUGCGUGGUGAAAUUGAUAAAAGCAAAGGAUCUCAGGUUUACAAAUGACGGAUCCUUCGUUUCUUUUCGGGGGCAUCACAUUCAACCGGAAGAAGUUCUCCAGAGAUUUUGCUAGGUUUAAGGAAAAAAUGCCAAGUAAUGAUUUCGAAGAGACGUUGCUUGAAAACAAAGACCCGGAGGUGGAGGUGGUAGCAAAGGCGGUUAAAAAGAGGAAGAGGAAGGCAGCCAUUUCAGACCCUGUGGAAGGAUUUAGUGUUUUCAAGAGCUCAAAGACGGAGCCAGUGCUUGAAGAGAAUGAAGAGACUGAAAAUGCAUCUCAAGGGAAGAAGGAACUAUAUAGACAAAUGGAGAGGGAUGCGAUUUUCCGUAAGAAGCAUAACAUUCAUACAUCUGGAAGUGAUAUCCCCUCUCCUCUUCAGGAUUUUUCAAAGUUGAGAUCAAGGUAUGGAUGUAGACCAUACAUUUUGCGGAAUUUGGCAGAACUUGGAAUUAAAGAGCCAACACCAAUUCAAAUGCAGGCUAUUCCAAUACUUCUAUCUGGGAGGGAAUGCUUUGCUUGUGCACCAACUGGUUCCGGAAAAACAUUAGCUUUUGUUUGUCCUAUGCUUAUGAAACUAAAGCGCGCUUCAAAGGAUGGUGUUCGUGCUGUUAUUCUUUGCCCUACACGAGAGUUAGCCUCUCAGACAUUCAGAGAAUGUAAGAAAUUGGCAAAAGGAAAGAAGUUUUACAUUAAAUUGAUGACUAAGCAGCUUGCUAAUAGUGCUGAGUUCUCGAAAGUUCCUUGUGAUAUACUCAUAUCAACACCACUCCGCUUAAAAUUUGCUGUCACCAAAAGGAAGCUUGAUCUAAGCAGGGUUGAAUACCUUGUCUUGGAUGAGUCUGAUAAGCUUUUUGAGCUUGGUUUACUGAAAUCGGUUGAUGCAGUUGUCAAAGCAUGCUCAAACCCUUCGAUUACCCGUUCAUUGUUUAGUGCUACUUUACCUGAUACAGUCGAAGAACUUGCACGUACAAUAAUGCAUGAUGCUGUUCGUGUAAUUAUUGGCCGGAAGAAUUCUGCUUCGGAAUCGAUAAAGCAAAAAUUGGUAUUUGUUGGGAGCGAAGAAGGAAAGCUUCUGGCUCUUCGUCAAACCUUCGAAGAGAGUUUGAACCCACCGGUGCUGGUCUUUGUCCAAAACAAGGAACGGGCAAAGGAUCUCUACAAGGAAUUGAGAUUUGAUGAUAUUAGAGUUGAUGUAAUACACUCUGAUCUAUCUCAAAUAGAGCGAGAGAAUGCCAUUGAUAACUUUAGAGCUGGUAAAACAUGGGUUCUUAUUGCCACCGAUGUGAUUGCCCGUGGAAUGGACUUCAAAGGGGUCAACUGCGUGAUUAACUAUGAUUUUCCGGAUUCUGCUUCAGCAUACAUUCACAGGAUAGGUCGGUCUGGCAGAGCAGGUAGGAGUGGUGACGCGGUUACUUUCUACACAGAAGCAGAUGUUCGAUACCUGAAAAACAUAGCGAAUGUUAUGAAAUCUUCUGGUUGUGAAGUCCCUAGUUGGAUCUUGAACUUGCCCAAGCUCAAGUGGAAGAAACACAGGCCAAAAAGAGAGUUUUUGUCAACAAAGCCACACGACGAAGAAGAUGAAUGAUAAAACUAUACAGCUUACUUUUCUGCACACGAACAAAGGUCUUAAAAUCGAUCGUGACACAAUUUUGAAUGCCCAAUUUUGGUUACAAUGAGAUCACAUGGUUGGAUUGUAUUUGUGCAUUAUGGUGCUCGAGUGUACGAUUGUUGUAACCUAAUGCGUAAACGAUCCGUCUCUAGUGUUAAAAGCGAAGUCUAAAAAUCUUGUAAAAUCUUUUGGAAACCGCUAAAAUGUUAGUUUGUAAAAACGACUUGUGCUCUGUUUGGUUGGUUUUCCAACAAGUUAUAGAAAUUGGAAGGUUUUUGUU